GCCGCCGCUCCCCGCGCUGCCAUCCCGUCCUCCCGCAGCAUCCCUGCCUCCCUCCCGGACGCAGGUGAGCGGGGCGGGGCAAGGGAGCAAGGAAGCCGCUCCCGGGGCCCGGCUGCCGUUUCCGUCUCCUUGCCCGCUAAGCAUGAUAUGCGUACUGGAGAUGCAGAAACCACGUAGCAGAAAGCUUUGAGCAGUUGUGGAUUAUCGGUUUCUCCCAACAGCAAUAAAAGGUGAAGAAUGAAGGCAACUGGAUUUAUUUCCCUAUGGACGUUGGUUUCACUGCCUUAUGGCCAAUUAGCAAAUCCCGCAGAACACGAAGAUGUAGUAAAGCAUGUAAUAAAGCUGCACCGUGGGAAAGGAGCUGUUAUCGCUCAGAGAAAGCAGUGGGUGAUGGAGAGCUGCAGAAAACUGUCUGGACUUCUUCGCCAAAAGAAUGUUGUUCUCAACAAACUGAAAAGUGCUAUAAGAGCAGUUGAGAAGGAUGCAGGACUGUCAGACGAAGAGAAACUUUUUCAGGUCCAUACCUUUGAAAUUUUCCAAAAGGAGCUAAACGAAAGUGAAAACUCAGUCUUUCAAGCAAUUCACGGUCUCCAGAGAGCUCUGCAAGGAGAUUACAAAGAUGUUGUAAAUAUGAAAGAAAGCAGUAGACAGAGACUAGAAGCCCUGAGAGAAGCUGCAAUUAAGGAAGAAAUGGAAUAUGUCGAACUCUUAGCAGCAGAAAAACAUCAAGUUGAAGCCCUUAAGAACAUGCAGCAUCAAAACAAAAGCCUGUCAAUGCUUGAUGAAAUUCUAGAAGAUGUCAGGAAGGCAGCUGAUAGAUUGGAAGAAGAAAUUGAAGAGCAUGCCUUUGAUGACAACAAAUCUGUAAGAGGUGUUAACUUUGAAGCUGUUUUAAGGGUGGAAGAAGAUGAAGCCAACUCCAAAAGAAAUGCUUCAAAAAGAGAAGUAGAGGAUGACUUAGGUCUUAGUAUGCUUAUUGAUUCCCAGAACAAUCAGUAUAUCCUUACCAAACCCAGAGAUUCAACCAUUCCACGUGCUGAUCAUCAUUUCAUAAAGGACAUUGUGACCAUAGGAAUGUUGUCUUUGCCAUGUGGCUGGCUGUGCACAACAAUAGGAUUGCCAACCAUGUUUGGAUAUAUCAUUUGUGGAGUACUCUUAGGACCAUCAGGAUUAAAUAGUAUCAAGUCUAUUGUACAGGUGGAGACAUUAGGAGAGUUUGGUGUAUUCUUCACACUCUUUCUAGUUGGUCUGGAAUUUUCACCUGAAAGAUUAAGAAAGGUAUGGAAAAUAUCUUUACAAGGACCCUGCUACAUGACGGUUCUGAUGAUUGCCUUUGGUUUACUGUGGGGACACUUGCUCCAAAUUAGACCAACACAAAGUGUCUUCAUUUCCACUUGUUUAUCUUUAUCAAGCACGCCACUGGUGUCGAGAUUUCUUGCAGGUAGUGUUCGAGGCGAUAAAGAAGGGGAUAUUGACUACAGCAGCGUACUACUUGGCAUGUUGGUGAUGCAGGAUGUGCAGCUUGGUUUAUUUAUAGCUGUCAUGCCUACACUUAUUCAAGCAGGAGUGAGCACAUCUACCAGCAUUUUCAAGGAAAUACUGAGAAUACUGAUACUGAUUGGCCAAAUUCUCUUUUCUCUGGCUGCUGUUUUUCUUAUGUGUCUUGUUAUAAAGACUUAUCUCAUAGGACCAUAUUAUCGCAAGUUGCAUGCAGAAAGCAAAGGGAAUAAAGAAAUCCUCAUUCUAGGAAUAACUGCAUUCAUCUUCCUUAUGUUAACGAUCACAGAGCUGCUGGACGUUUCAAUGGAGCUGGGAUGCUUCUUAGCUGGAGCUCUGAUUUCUUCUCAGGGUCACAUGGUUACUGAGGAGAUUAUGUCCUCUAUUGAACCAAUUCGUGACUUUCUCGCCAUCAUUUUCUUUGCAUCCAUAGCAACUUGUUUCUUCAGUUAGAAAAAUGUGAUCUGUGUGUUCUCAACUCAGGGAAAAAAUAAUUGAACAAGAUGUAUCAUGGACAGCCUGAAUGCCAGCUGAAAUGCAGCAUUGAUUCCUAAGACCAGGAGAGUAACUCUUCGGGCUUGUUACCCAAAACAAGUUAAAUCUGUGAAUAUUUACAGUCAAUCAGUAGCUUCCUUUUCAACUGCUACAUUCUUUAGCUGUCCAUGCAUGUCCCACUACUCUUUCUCUAAAGGAAACUGUGAAAAGCGUUACUGAAGUGCUUAUGUACAGUGAAUAAGGAGACCAGCCCUGUGAAAGCACGCACUUCUCCCCAUGGAUUGUUUAGGAGGUGCAUGUUGUGUGUUGGGGGCAUUGCAAGGUCUCAAAUAGGGGGUUUGAAUUUUGCCCUUUGUACAAAUCCAACCUCCUUCAACCCAUGCUUACUUAGAAAUUCUUAAGGUUUGGGGUUCUCUUCUUCCAAGACCAUCCUUGUCAUUUUUCCGUUUUUAUUUUUUUCUCUUGUUGCUUUUAUCUCCAUGAAUUUAUUCAGAUAAUAGUGAAGUCCCAUUAUCAGCGUACUUUUAAUACCUUUCCUUAUAUACCUUUUUGAUAUCCAUUGAUUCAUAACAGAAAUAAAAACGGUUUCUGGUGGUUGUCCAAAUAAAAAGGAAACAGUUACACUUGCCAGUCUUGAUUUUUGUUUUACCCAGCCCAUGAUAAUAACUUGUGCUGAUCAGUGUGAUUGUUUAGUAAUAGAUGUGUUUAUUCAAAUAACUGACUCUUUAAUGAAGGGAGGAAAGUGGUGAGAUAUGGGUAAAACUCUUGGACCCAUACAACUGACAAGAUUGGGUAACUAAUUGCUAAAUGCUCACAGGUAGGCUUGGUUGCUUUAGUGAAGAUGGUGAUGGAGCAGAUAGUGUUACUAGGGUUACAAAGCAUGACAAGUACUUAAAAGCCCAAAGUUAAUUUUAUAAGGAACCGAACAGAAAUACUGUUCUACACUCUUAUGACUGCAGAAAUUAAGACUAGAGAUUUUGGUACAGUACCAGAAAACAGCAAGACCUCAGCUGCACAGCCUAUGUUAUACUGUAGGGAAAUUAUUUUGGUAAUUCUGUUAUAGAAUUAAAAAAAUAUAUAUUUUUAACAGUUUUUACUGCUAUUGCAAGAACAGAAAGAAAAGAAAAUUCCCUAACAAGUUUGAAUGGUUUCACAGAAAAUGGGCGGUGUUCCUGCCUCAGAAGACAGCUAAAAAUUGGAAAAGUUACCUAUGUUAUAGGCAUCUGAUGCUUGCUUGUAAAAACCCAAAACCAAACAAACCCUGCCAAUUAAACCCUAAACCCUACAAAACCCAAACAACCUCCUCCCAUGCUGUCCCCAAAUAAACAUUACCCCCCGCCUUACUUUCAAUUACUUUCAAAUUUUGUGGUUUUGUAGGUUUUGAAGAGGAGUGAUGUGAUGGUGCAAAGAAAACAUGAGUAGGAUAAGAAGUAUUCCUUGUACUUCUUUUGAUAAAGAAAUCUAGAAAGAAAAGACUCUUACUUGCUUUCUACUUACAUAUGUACACAUGCAAAUGAUUUGUAUCUAUAAACAAAUAGGGAUUUACUAUGUGAAAUUAUGUAAAGGCCAUAGGGAAAGCUUCCCUCUCCUGUCUAAAGAAAAGGCUUGGUGUUAUGUGCAGCAAGCAGCCUAUUAUAGAGAGCAGAAGCCCUUGAGAUCCUGAGGUGGGAUGGUACACUACUGCAGUAAUACAACUUAUGUUCCUUUCAGAAUAAGGGAAUAAAUAGAGAAAAAUGACUUAACUGAAAAGUGACUGUAAUUAUGUCACUUGGAAAAAUCAGUUCCUAUUUUGCUUGUCUUAAAUGCCUGCAUUCCUGUUCUUGCUACAGAAAUCCUUCUGGUGACUAAAAGCUGAACUGAACAGUACUUGUUUCUGUAAUCUCUGUUAACAGUGGUCCUGCCCUUAGCUUGACCUGCGUAAUGCUACUGCUUUCUAAUUCAUGCAUGGAUGCAUUUGUGGGAAUAAUACACCUUUGCAGUUAGGCAUUAACAGCUGUACUUUGAAUUACUUUUCAUCUAUACGUUCAUUUAAACCUGUGUGUGUUCUUCAAGUUUUCUGACUCUGCUAUCUGCUGUGGCUAGAAAGUUCCUGUUAGUCUCUCUCCUCACUCAUAUUUUAGAGAGCACAUCUGGACCAAUCCCUUAGAGCCACAUUUUGAGAACUUUCUUUCUUAUUUCUGUUUGGCUCAUUGGACUCGGGUCUUACCCUUUCUACCUCUGCAUCAUUUGAUUUUGUUUUGAUUUGCUUUUUAGGAAGAUGGAAGGCAUCUUUGCAUAGAGUCUUUGACCGUUUUUUUUAAAGGCUGCAAUAUCCCUCUCUUUGUCAGGGCAUAUGGAGCUUGAAAUUGGGCAUCAGGGACCCUACCUUCAACUGAUGAGGAGGCAGAUUACUUCCACUGACAGCCAAAGCUGUGUGUCUUCACUGUGCUGUACGGAUGUACUCGCUUGCCAGGCUCCAUGUUUCCCUUCUGGGUGAAUCUUUUGGUCAGCUUUGGGCCUUGAAUGCAAGAUGCUGAAAAACUUUUAACAGUGCAGUCUUUGUCUUCAGAAGAUGAGUAAUGCUGACACUGUCAGCACUACCACUGUCCAGAACAAACAUACAAUGUUUCUCUGAUGAGCCUCUUAAUGUUUCUGUUGAAUUUGAGAGAAAUCAAAGGAAGAGACCAAAUGGAAUUCAUUAGGUGACAUACGUUACAUUCUUCCUAUCCAUCCAGCCCUACCACUUUGUCGUCUGGCAUGGAACACAAUGAAACUUGGAAGUUUCAAGCUCUUGGAACUGACAUUAGAAUAAAGAGGACUCUGCUACUUAUUCUAGCCGAGGCUGUAGCAUUUAUUGUAUUUUUGCUAUGAUCUUAGGUUCAUUAAGACUCUUAGUAGAUACAGCAUCCCGAUGCAUCGCUAACAUGAUUUUUCUGAGUGGUGUCCAGUCUUGAGGAUGUGUCAGAAUUAAUGCUACUGACUCCAGUUUGACUGACAAGAGUUCCGGUUUCUGUAAUCUUGUUUGCUGUCAAGGGUCUCUGAGAUUCCUUUUCUUGAUAUUGGAUCUUCCAGGAUGUGGUCGUCACUGCUUUUGGAUCUUCAAGCGCUGUCUAGCGGCCAUCCAGCAGAUUGGUGGAAUCUAUCUAACCGUGGAGGAGGGGAAGCUUACUUGAUAAGAAAAAAGUACUUAACAAAAGAAUGUGCAAAAUUUUGCCUGUAAUUGCCCACAGAAGAGCACAUAACUCAUACAAGCAAACUGCUUUUUGGCUUGAUCACCUUCACCCCAGGGUCGUCAUUCCAGCUAUUCCAAAAAGCUGCUUAGAAUUGAAGUUCAGUGGCUUAUGCACAGCUCUGUGCAGAUGUACCUAAGUGAUAUCCUAUCUAUUGGUGACUGGCCAACAUGCCACAUGCUGCCUCAUGGAGUUCUUAAGUUACUUGAUUGAAGUGUUCCUUCCAUUUUAGAAAAUAGGUCCCUAGUCACUCCCUGAGCUUAGCCACAAAGCCUGAUUAAAACCAUUGAAAUAAAUGCCCAUAUUCAUGCACCUUCUGUUUGUGAAGUUAAUCUUUCUGAUGGCAUUCGUGUUGUCAGGAAGGCUUCAUGUGUUUAUAUGACUUGUAGCCUUAUCCUAAGUUUGCAUCUAGGUCUGGGGCAAAGGUCUGUAAUGACCAUGAAAUUCCCUAUGGUGGGAUUUGUUUCCUCCAGUAUGCUAGGAUGCUAAUUUGUUUACUCCCAAUAGUGUAUGUAACAGGUUUAGGCUUGUUUCACUUUGCAGACACUUCCUCCGCAAUGCUGGUAUAGAAACCAGUGGUGGUUUGUGCCUCAGCUCGUUCAAAUACAGUAAUAAUCUCCACUUGGGGAGGCUGUUCCAAAUGAACUUCAGACUGCCUCCCUGCUCCAGAACUGAAAGGGUAGAUCAACCGGUAGUGAUGAGAGCACUAAGCUAUAUUUAUAGCUUCCCUCUGAAAUCUUAAAUUCCAGAUGCAGCGAAGUUGGCCCUCCCGGCAAACAUGGCCUUGUUAGAGGAUCUAUUUCUCUAGUUGCUUUUAAUGAAUGUUUCUGAGAUGGGCCUAAAAGUGAAUGAGCAAUUAGCAUGUGAUAAACAGUGGAAAAACAGAAGCUACUUGCCCCUCCCUGUGCAUGCAUUCACACAUUAGGAUUGCUUUUUUUUUUUUUUUUUGGUGUGGUGUUUGUCUCUCUUGUUCUGCCAUCUGUCCUCUUAUCCUGACAGUCGUUUGCAUUUGUGCUUCAGCAGUUGGAAGGAAAUUAAGAAACAAAACAGGGUGUGUGCAUGCUGACUGAGUAGUACUUUUAUAAAAAUCUGAUGUACCUGAAGUAUGUUUUCAUCCACAAUGAAACGUGCGUAUGGAGAAAACGGCAUGAAGCUGGCUGUAAGCAACUUCUCUUGCAUGCUCAUGAAUAGAAGAUGACUCUCAGUUCUGUACAGUUCUUCUGUCUCUGCAGGUCUCUGUGGUAGGGAAAAUCAGCAAGACCUUGUGUUGUGUUAAAAUGUUACAGCAUCGAUUUAUCUAUGUCUUGCUUUGGAAAGCUAAACUCUUGUCCUUCACCAGAAAUAAUUGGGUAGGAGAACUGCCAACUAUUAUGGUUUUAUCAGGAACACCACCGCUACGUUAGUUCCUCUAAACAGAGCUUUUAUGAAUAAAAGAAUGAGCUUCCAAAGAUACACAGUUAUGUUUGCCUUCACAAGUUCCUCAUACCCUAGGAGGAAAAAAUGGACUCAGUCAGCUGGUAGUGAGAUUCUUCUGCAGUGACUCCAGGACUUCUCCAACAAAUGCUACUUUUUCUUCUGCUUAAUAUUAGCAGGAUUUACUUUUAGGGUUCUGUGUUCUUUAUGGUUCUCAUUAGCUUGCUUCACAUAAUUACUGAAUAAAAAUGACAAAAAUUUGCCAAAAAAAAAAAAAAAAAAAAGACAGGCCCUCCUCCUCCUUAAAUAAGCCCCCAACAUCAUAGUAGGGGGUUUUAUUCCUUAAUUGUUAGACCAUGCUCAGGGGUUUAUGACUUUACUUGAUUCCAGUCUAAGUAACUUUUCCAGUUCAGAGGACUUUCAGUGUUUGCAUGUGAGGGUCAUGGGAUUAAACCAGUUCCAUUUUCUGUUGUAGCUACAGUCUGUUCAAAUACUGAAUGUUGUGCUCCUCCCACAGUGACAGUCCAUUACCACGUCACACAAAAACAUUGAACGGCUGUGCUAGGAUCACUGUGCAGAACAAUGGAACUGUUUUCCUGCAGUGUUUUUUAUAGCCUUCGUUAGAGGUGUGUUUCAGUUCAGAUUCUGAAUUGCUGACUUAAUGUGGAAGACAGAAAACUAUAAAUGAAAUUGCUCAGGCAUCAGUUGCAUAAAAUUGAACUAUUUGAAAUAUUUUUUUUUUCU